AUGGCACCUCUUUCGAACCUAUUCGUGUCGCUCCUUGCCACAGUUGCUUCUGUGUCGGCUGCGAAGCUUUCUAUCAAGCCUAAUUCAGCUCGCGUUCCGGGUGCUUACAUCUUUGAAUUUGAAGAUGGACAAGAUACCACCGACUUUUAUAAAACCAUUGAGGCAGAGGGCAGUACUCGCAUGAAACUUGACUACAAGCUCUUCAAGGGUGUCUCGGUCAAGCUUCAUGACGUGGAGAAUGCCGACGCAACUGCCAUGCAGAUUGCUGAAAGGCCUGCAAUUAAGAACGCCUGGCCGGUUGAAGUUUUCAAAGUCCCAGAUGACAAGAUCCAUUGGACUGGAACACCGGAGUCCAAGAACUUGGUUCAGAAAAGGGCCAAUGAGACCGUCGACACAUUCACUCCUCAUGUCAUGACCCAAGUGGAUAAGCUUCGCGCCCAGGGCAUCACUGGAAAAGGCAUUAAGAUUGCUGUCAUCGACACUGGUAUUGACUACGGGCAUUCGGCACUGGGUGGAUGCUUUGGAGAGGGCUGCCUUGUUGCAUUUGGCACUGACCUGGUCGGUGACGAUUAUGACGGUUACAAUACACCUGCACCCGAUGAUGACCCAAUGGACUGCUAUGGCCAUGGAACUCAUGUGGCAGGAACUGUCGCUGCGCAGGAGAAUGAGUACGGAUUUACGGGUGCCGCCCCUGAUGCUAUUUUAGGCGCCUAUAAAGUCUUUGGAUGCCAAGGUGAGGCAGGUAACGAUGUUCUCAUUGCCGCAUACCACCAGGCUUACGAGGAUGGCGCCGACAUCAUAACUGCUUCCAUCGGUGGCCCCUCAGGUUGGACCGAGGAACCAUGGGCUGUUGCAGUAUCCAGAAUUGCCACCGAAGGUGGUGUGCCAUGUCCAGUAUCUGCAGGAAACUCUGGGACAGCUGGUUUGUUCUACGCAUCUACAGCUGCCAACGGCAAAGGCGUUCUGGCUGUUGCCUCGUUUGAUAACAUUGAGUCGCCCACACUACUAUACGUCUCAAACUUUACUAUCGAUGGUGGAGAGGUGCAGGAGUUUGGCUACACACCUGGUACACCUUCGGACUGGGCGGGCGUGAAGCUCCCACUCUGGGCUCCCGAAUUUGACACAUCCAUCCCUGAUGGCGGCUGUGAUGCAUACCCUGAUGAUACACCUGACUUGAGCGGAUACAUUGUUCUGGUGCGUCGUGGAUCUUGUACUUUCGUUCAGAAGGCGAACAACGCCGUUGCAAAGGGUGCUAAAUACCUCAUCAUUUACAACAAUGCAGCUGGGACAGGAGAGUUCGACGUUUCGACAACAGAGAUCAAGGCUGCUGGUAUGGUUACUGCUGACCAGGGUGCCGCCUGGAUCAAGUCGCUGGCCGCCGGAUCCGAGGUUGUGCUCAGCCUGGCCGAUCCAGACACCGCGGAGAGGAGUCUAACAAGCCCUGUCAAUGAGGCUACCGGAGGCGCUCUGAGCUCUUACACGAGCUGGGGUCCGACCUGGGAAUUGGACGUUAAGCCCCAGCUCGGAUCUCCCGGAGGCAAUAUUCUUUCCACCUACCCUCGCGCGCUCGGUGGAUAUGCCGUUCUUUCUGGUACUUCUAUGGCAUGUCCUCUGGUAGCUGGAGCACUGGCCCUUAUUGGCCAAGUCCGUGGUACCUUGGAUCCCACCUUGCUUGAGAACUUGCUCUCCAGCAACGCCAACCCCCAACUGUUCAACGACGGAUCGAGCUUCUACGAGUUCUUGGCACCCGUUCCACAGCAGGGAGGUGGUUUGAUCCAGGUAUACGAUGCCGCUUAUGCAACAACUCUGCUGGAGCCAUCUAGCUUGUCCUUCAAUGACACGGCCAACUUUGUGAAGGUCAGGAAUUUCACUCUGAGCAACAUUGGCAAGGAGGAAAUUACUUACCAGAUCUCUCACGUAUCUGCCAUCUCCAUGUAUACUCUUGAUACUGGGAGCAUUUACCCUGCCGCAUUCCCAAAUGAGCCUGUUGAUGCCCGCGCAACCCUGGACUUUAGCGAGGAUAAGGUCACCAUCCCGGCCGGAGGCUCUGUCACGGUUGAGGUUCUACCUACCCCUCCCGAAGGUCUUGAUGCUGAACGUCUGGGAUUAUGGUCCGGUUAUGUCGCCGUGAAUGGCUCUGACGGCACCUCGCUUUCUUUGCCUUACCAAGGACUCACAGGCUCCUUGUAUGACCACAUCGUUCUUGGAGCCGAGGACGCCUGGAUUGCGUACUCAAAUGAUGAGAAUUAUAACGUGGUCCCCGGCAACACGACCUUUACUCUCCCAGCACAGGGCACCGAGCCAGGCGAUGAUGCUGUGCUACCUGCUCUUGUGGCCUACUUGGCACUCGGCUCAAGCCAGUUGCGUGCUGACGUUGUUCCUCUGAACACAUCCGCUAUCGGCCAACUCGAUGGCCUUCCACUCUGGUAUCUACCUCGAGGAGCGAAUAUUCAGACAUGGGCCGGUCUCCUUGAUAACGGCAAGUAUGCUCCUGAGGGGAAGUACAAGAUCGUGACGAGAGCUCUGCGCAUUAACGGAGACGCUGGCAAGGAGGCUGAUUGGGACGUCGCGGAGACACAGGCGUUCGGGAUCAAGUAUGCGACAGCGUAA